UCUGUCAUCAAUGCUUGUGGGUUUUAUAGUAGCGUUAAUUAUUCGUUAUAACAAUUGAUUUGAUUAUUGUAUUAUAUACAACUGUUAAAUAAUAUAAAGUAGAGUAUGUAAAAAAGUUUUUGAUUGAUGGUUAUUAAAUUUUAUGAUUUGGAAAAUAGUCAGCAUCCUUCCAAAUAGAAAAAGAUUUUAAGAUUUUUUUUUACGAGUACAACUUCGCAGUCGUUCGUAACAUUGCUAUUGAUCAUGAGGAUAAAAAUUACAGUUCAUCUUAAUAUUCUAAACGACGGUAAAAACUUCGACGACGAAACUACCACAGGCCGAGGGACAGUCGAAGAUAGAGGAAGCGAAGGAGGUGGAAGAGGACGCCUGACUGCGCCGAGAAUGUCAUUAUUGGGCCGACCGAUAAACUACAGGGCGACACGCAGAGACGCCCGGUAUCGUAGAAUCCAGACCAACUUCUAUAAUUUUCUUGAGCGGCCUCGAGGCGUUUAUGCUAUCACUUACCACAUGAUCGUGUUCUUUAUGGUCUUCAUGUGUCUAGUACUAUCAGUCUUUAGUACUAUUGACGAAUACGAAAAAGAUGCUGGUUUACUGCUUUACUAUAUGGAACUUGUUGUUUUAAUAUGGUUCAGCGGGGAAUUCUGUUUUCGGCUCUGGUCAUCAGGAUGUCGUUCCCGUUACCAAACAAUAAUGGGCCGACUAAAAUUUCUUCGUCGACCUUUUUGCAUUAUAGACGUCAUUACCAUUAUGGCCAGUAUAGUAGUUCUGGCAAUGAGAAGCAGCGGUCAAGUUUUUGCAGCGAGCGCUUUUCGUGGUCUUCGAUUUUUUCAGAUAUUACGAAUGGUUCGUAUGGACCGUCGUGGAGGAUCAUGGAAAUUACUUGGCAGCGUUGUCUAUGCCCACCGUCAAGAACUUUUUACAACUUUAUAUAUUGGCUUCCUUGGACUAAUAUCUGCAAGUUUCCUAGUUUACUUAGCUGAGCGUGAUGAUGAGCACUUCAAUAACUACGCAAAGGCACUCUGGUGGGGAGUGAUUACAUUAUGCACUGUUGGCUAUGGCGAUGCAGUCCCCAAAACUUGGCAAGGAAAAAUUAUAGCAUCUUUUUGUGCACUAUUAGGGAUUUCAUUUUUUGCAUUACCUGCUGGCAUUCUUGGCUCGGGUUUUGCUCUUAAAGUACAACAGCAGCAGCGUCAGAAGCAUAUGAUCAGACGACGACAACCGGCUGCUACUCUUAUUCAAGCUCUUUGGAGAUGUUAUGCGGCUGAUGAACACAGUGUAAGUGUAGCCACUUGGAAAAUUCAUCAAGUGAUAUUACCGUCUAGUCCACCUGGCCGCUUAUCUUCCAGUUUCAAACACAAUGCGUCAUUUGUCAGUCGAUUGCCAACGAUCCGUCGUCACAAAAGUACAUCACUUCAUAGCCCAGGUACUCAUAAGCUAGCUCAUCAUAAUUAUCAACGUGGUACCGCUUCACGCACAUUUACUGAUCUCAUCGUUUCUACUGAAAACUUAGGUCCGUUAAUGUUGAUAGGAUUAAAUCAUAAUCAUGGGAUUUUGUGCAACGAUGGGAAUGAAGCCGGAAAAAACCUAAAUCCAAGUUAUUCCGAGGACUCAGUAACUGAAACAGCGUUGUCGAAGAAAAAUUCAGAUGAUGAAGACGAUGAGCCACGAAGGUGUGUCCAUUUGACAAAACAGCACAAGACUGCUAUUCGAGCCAUUCGAAAGAUAAAAUUCUUGGUGGCAAGACGCAAAUUCAAAGAGGCUCUGAAGCCGUAUGACGUUAAAGAUGUGAUUGAGCAGUACAGUGCAGGCCACGUCGACCUCAUCAGUCGAGUUAAAAAUAUUCAAAAUAGUAACUGUUGAAUGCGACCCAGAUAGAGGGUCUGAAUACAACACUGAAAAUGAUACAGAAGAUACUGGUGAGGAAGCUGCGCUACUAGGUUCUUCUGAAUCACCAUUGACCAAUUCGCCAUGUUCGAUUAACCCUGGGGGUAAUACUGAUCCAAUGAAAUAAUAAAUUACGAACUAACGAGAUGAGUGAAUCGUAAAGAUUAAUCGCCGAUAGUAAUUUUAAUUUAAUUAUAAUUAUGAUAGUUAGUUAUAUACUUUUUUAGAUCACUUUAAGCCAAAUUUAGAAUAGCUUCUCUUUACAGUGCAAUAUUAUCUUGUAGGGUAAGCACAAAAUAAUAUUGCAGUAGAAAUUUUCUCUCAGCAUGGCAGAGACUUAACCUCCACUUCCGGGACCUGUGAUUUCAUCAUCGCAAAGUCAAUUUAUCUUUCAAACGUUAUUUGAGAUAUUUAAGUAAAAAUAUUACAUUAUUUUUCUCGUUAAUGCGUAAACUGUUUACUGGCAACUAUACGUGUGGUAUAGGAUAAGUUACGGGAUACCAACUAUUGGAAAUGUUAUAGAUAUAUUACAAUUAUGACGAAGCACUUGUGAAAAUAGUAGUGACAUCUACCACAGAGUAACAAAGUAGUUUUUUAAAUAUUUAUAUAUAUUUUAAUAAUUUUGUUUAUAAAAUUUAAUUUACUUGUGUAAAUUAUAAAUAUUGUGAUAAAGUCGGUGAAUAUCGAAAUUCAUUCACAGUGACAAUAUUCUUAAUAUGUAAAUUUUAUUUAACAAGAAAACGGCAUCUCAUGGAUUCGCUAUAUCUUAACUCACUAUUUUUAUUUAUUGAUUUAUUUCUUUUUUUCAUUGAUAUCCUUUUUUUAUUUAUAUAUAUCUACAAACAAAACGCAGAAAUAUCAAUAAUUAAUAAGAUUAUUUAUUAUAUCUUUCAGACGUCUCUUUUGAUAUAGUAAAAUAGAUAUACAUAUAUAUUAUUUCGAUAAAAUGACCAUUUGAAUUUAGUAAAAAAUAAAGCGAUAUUUAAG